AUGGCGCUGUCUUCCCCAAUCGCAGCUGCCGCAACUCAAUGCACUCCCGUUCAUUCGAAUCGAGCAGUAGGCGUCUGGUCCAGUGAAGAGCACGACCGCUUCCUCGAAGGGCUCAAGCACUACCCACAAGGACCUUGGAAAGCCAUCACAAAGUUCGUUGGCACGCGGUCGGUCCGACAAGUGCAAACCCAUGCCCAAAAGUAUCAGGAAAAGGUCUCGCGACGGCUCCACGGGAUGCAGACGGGUAAAGCGAUUCGCCUCCGUCGUGAACACCGCAUCGACCACGAGGUCUUAGCUCAGCCGACACUCAUCCGUGUCCACCCUCAACUGCGCAGCAAUUGUGCCCGUCAGAAAAACUACUACCCAGAGGUCAGACCCAUGUCCGUAUCGACGCCGACUGGAGGAUCUUUGAACUCACGUGCUCAAGCUCACACCUCUCCGUUCCAACGUCCUACAAUUGUGCCAGUACCACGAGAUGGAAAAGACUUUUCGUGCUCGAGUUUGGGCACGAACGGAGCUUCGCCGUCUUCCGUCUCGUGCUCUUUGGACGACCUGCCGACACUAAGCGAGUCGCUCGACUUUUUCAUUGAUAACUUCUUCUAA